AUGGCCAUCGUGGACCGCUGCGUCUCCUACGAUGGGUCGUUUAAGGUUUUGCAGCAUGGGGACAAGAGCCUGGUCGUGGUCAUCGAGGGCCCCACGAGUUGGACGCCCCCCAGUACUUUGUCCCCCUGGUCAGUCUGGAGUUCCUUCAACCGGGACGGUGUCGGCUGCGUCCCCGGCUUCCCUCCCCUCAGCCCCUGCCACUUGUACUCGGAGCGGUCGGGCCAUCAUUCCUUUCCGGAGUGGGGAUUUUGA